CUUCAUCUACCAUCAUCUUCGUUAACUCCGUCUUAAAGCAUUUUUAAAAAAGGAUACUCCUUUCUCUUCUCUGAAUGCGCUCACUGCUUCACCGUACUAUCCUACGCACUCCUCCGGCUCUUUCUCUUAUCCUGCGCACUCUUCCCUCCUCCGCCGCCGCCACCGCCAUGGCCGCCGCCGCCUCUUCCUUGCUCCUCCCUUCCGUAUCUCUCAACAACCUCUGCUCCUCCUCCAGAAAUGCCUCCUCCCUCUGCUUACCCGUCAAGAAUAUCAGCCGAUCUAGGGUUUCCAUGAGCGUCUCCGCUGGAUCUCAGACUACCGUCAACGACACUUUGUUCGCCGAUUACAAACCCACCUCUGCUUUUCUGUUUCCCGGUCAGGGAGCACAAGCAGUAGGGAUGGGGAAAGAGGCUCAGAGUGUUGCAGCAGCUGAAGAGUUGUAUAAGAAAGCUAAUGAUAUCUUGGGGUAUGAUCUUCUUGACAUUUGUGUUAAUGGACCAAAAGAGAAGCUUGAUUCCACAGUCAUAAGCCAGCCUGCUAUUUACGUCACAAGCCUAGCAGCAGUUGAAUUACUCCGUGUUCGUGAAGGCGGUGAACAAAUAAUUAACUCUGUUGAUGUGACUUGCGGUCUCAGUUUGGGAGAGUACACUGCUCUUGCAUUUGCUGGAGCCUUCAGUUUCGAGGAUGGGCUAAAGCUUGUAAAACUAAGAGGAGAAGCCAUGCAGGCUGCUGCAGAUGCAGCUAAGAGCGCUAUGGUUAGUAUCAUAGGAUUGGACUCGGAAAAGGUUCAGCACUUGUGUGAUGCAGCAAAUCAAGAAGUAGAUGAAGCUGACAAAGUCCAGAUCGCAAAUUACUUAUGUCCGGGUAAUUAUGCAGUAUCUGGAGGUCUUAAAGGAAUCGAAGCUGUUGAAGCCAAAGCUAAGUCUUUCAAGGCUCGACUGACUGUUCGUCUAGCUGUUGCAGGUGCAUUCCACACAAGUUUCAUGGAACCAGCAGUGUCGAGAUUAGAAGCUGCAUUGGCAGCAACGGAGAUCAGAAGUCCGAGGAUCCCAGUGAUCUCUAAUGUCGAUGCACAGCCUCAUGCAGAUCCAGACACGAUCAAGAAGAUACUUGCACGCCAGGUGACAUCUCCAGUCCAGUGGGAGACAACAGUAAAGACACUCUUGUCCAAAGGACUUAAAAGCAGCUAUGAAUUGGGACCUGGAAAGGUGAUUGCAGGAAUAUUCAAGAGAGUAGAUAAAAGCGCGAGUGUCGAGAACAUCAGUGCUUGAGACUCUCUGGCUAGCCAUUUUGUUAAUGUAUUUGAAUUGAGAAUCACUCACUAAUAAGUAAAUUGAAAAACUUUAUGUUUGUGUAAUCUCUCAGGUGCUUCAGUAGUUUUGGAGAAUUCAAAGUUUUGUAUCGAAUACUUAUGUAACACUUUGCACGAUAUUUAUGUUGAGAUAUCUUUUUACA